CUGCCUGCCUCAUCCAUGGAGGAGAUCCAAGUGGAAUUGCAGUGCGCUGAUCUCUGGAAGCGAUUCCAUGAUAUUGGCACAGAAAUGAUCAUCACCAAAGCAGGCAGGAGAAUGUUUCCUGCAAUGAGAGUGAAGAUUACAGGAUUGGACCCUCACCAGCAGUAUUACAUAGCCAUGGACAUUGUACCUGUGGAUAACAAGAGAUACAGGUAUGUGUAUCACAGCUCCAAGUGGAUGGUAGCCGGAAAUGCUGACUCCCCUGUGCCUCCGAGGGUCUAUAUUCACCCUGACUCACUGGCAUCUGGAGACACCUGGAUGCGGCAAGUUGUCAGUUUUGAUAAGCUCAAGCUGACCAACAAUGAGCUAGACGAUCAAGGCCAUAUAAUCUUGCAUUCAAUGCAUAAGUAUCAACCGCGCAUCCAUGUUAUUUGCAAAGACUUCAGCACUGACCUGUCUCCCACAAAGCCAGUCCCCACAGGUGAUGGGGUGAAAACCUUCCAUUUCCCAGAGACAGUCUUCACCACAGUCACCGCUUACCAAAAUCAGCAGAUUACCAGAUUGAAAAUUGACCGAAAUCCAUUUGCAAAAGGGUUCAGGGAUUCUGGAAGAAACAGAACUGGCCUGGAGGCCAUUAUGGAAACAUAUGCAUUUUGGAGGCCCCCGGUGCGCACGCUCACCUUUGAAGAUUUCACCACCAUGCAAAAACAGCAAGGGGGCAGCACAGGCACUUCCCCAACCACUUCCAGCACAGGGACCCCCUCUCCCUCAGCAUCUUCCCACCUUCUUUCUCCAUCCUGUUCACCCCCAGCCUUUCAUUUAACCCCCAACUCUUUCAAUGUUGGCUGCCGAGAGAGCCAGAUUUGCAACCUGAAUCUCUCUGAAUAUCCACCGUGUGCAAGAAGCAACAUGGCUGCCCUGCAGAGCUAUCCAGGCUUGAGUGAGAGUGGAUACAACCGGCUCCAGAGUGGCUCUUCUGCUGCUGCUGCUGCUCAGCCAUCGGAAAGCUUCAUACCUCAGCGGACUCCAACUCUGAUCUCAGGAAUGCCUGCUCCUUCUUCCCUGCCGACGAAUGGCAAAAUGGAAGCUUAUGGUGGCCAGCUGGGAUCAUUCCCAACCUCUCAGUUCCAGUAUGUCAUGCAAGCUGGCAACCCCACCUCCGCUUCUUCUUCUUCCCAUAUGUUUAGCAGUGGCCAUAUGCAACAGAGUUCUUACAAUGCCUUUUCCCUUCACAACCCGUAUAAUUUGUAUGGAUACAAUUUCUCAGCUUCGCCAAGGCUGGCAGGAAGCCCUGAAAAACUGGCCACCACACAAAGCACUUUACUUUGCUCUCCUCCUUCCAGCGGGGCCUUUGGAGAGAGGCAAUAUCUUUCAACGGGGAUGGAUCAUAGCAUGCACGUGAUCAGCCCCCCCAGCGGCAGCCAGCCCGCAGCCAGCACUUGUGAUAAUCGGCAGUAUGGCUCUGUCACAGGGUCAUCUUCACAAAUGUCCGUGCAUAUGGUUUAA